AUGGCGAGUCUGACUGUUGAGCUUUCCAAGAUCAUUUCCGACUCCGUUGCAACAUUGGAGAGUGUGUGCAAGCAGAAUAAUCUGUCUUUUCCUCGCCUCGACGAACCCUUCACCCCGUCGUCUGAAGCCUUCCGCGCCAACCCCGAGGCGGCAGAAGCUGCAAAUAAGAUCGCAGCGGCUGCCCUCCAGCUCGCCGCAGCUGUUCUUCCACCCCCUGCUGCCAUCACCAGUGUCAUAUCUGGGCACUUCAAAUCAGCUGCACUCAGGGUUUGUUUAGAAGCCAACGUGACUGAGAUAUUACGGGAGGCUGGUCCUAGCGGUCUCCAUGUUCGCGACAUUGCUGCCAAGAGCAAUAUCUCUUCCACAAAAUUAGCCCGACUUAUGCGGUAUCUUGCGACCCAUCACGUCUAUAAAGAGCUUCAGCCCGAUGUCUUCACCAACAAUAGGAUCUCGUCCAUGUUGGAUACAGGUAAAUCGGUAGAAGAUUUAUUCUCAUCUCCGGAGAGCCGUUAUGAUAAUGCACACGGCUUUCCCGCGCUGGCCGGUCAUCAUCUCGAUGAAAUUCCGAAGUCUACCGCUUAUCUUUGGGAGACCCUGUCGGAUCCUGUGUCUGCCCAUUCCGACGAGGUCACGCAGACCGCAUUUAACAAGGCCUUCAAUGAAGAGUUGCCCGUGUGGGCCUGGUAUGAAAAACCCGACCAGAGUGGCCGCCUCCGCCGCUUCGGAUCUGCAAUGCGAGGUGUUGAGGCCUUGCAGCCUCCCGACGCCAUUCUUUCAGCGUUCGAUUGGAGUUCGUUGCCCAAUGGUUCUGUCGUUGUUGAUGUCGGAGGGGGUGUCGGGACAUCCUCGCUUCCUCUUGCGCAAGCCUAUCCUAAUCUUGAGAUCGUGAUCCAGGAUCGCCCACCCGUUGUCGAGGACGGGCUCAAGCUGUGGAAAGUAAAACUACCAAAAGCUCUCGAAACUGGCCAAGUUAAAUUCCAAGUUCACGAUUUCUUCACGGCACAACCCAUUACAAACGCUUCUGUCUACCUGCUCAAACAGAUCAUGCACGACUGGUCUGAUCCAUACGCGUCAAAAAUCCUCACUGAACUGCGAAAAACGGCUAAACAAGACACAAAGCUCGUCCUUAUCGAUACCGUCAUACCUUUCGCGUGCCGUUACUCGAAGGCUGAAGCGGAAAAUGCCAUUCCGGGCGCCGUUCCAGCCGAAGCUCCAGAACCUCUUCUGGCCAAUUAUGGUGGUGCAAAUGAGAUUGGUUAUAUAGGUGACAUGACGAUGCUUACGGUGUUCAAUUCACUUGAACGGACUGUCAAGCAUAUCUCUGCGCUUCUCGAAAGCACUGGAUGGCGCUUGACACGGAUCAGGAGGGAUGGUUCCAGCAAUUUCCUUCAGCCGGUUGAAGCGGUCCCUAUCUAA